GAGCUGGGUGGAGGAGGGGUUAAACCAGUUUGCUGCUGGCUUAAGUGGGAAGCCUUCCCCAGUACAUGUUCUUUAUGAAGGAUAUAACAUAACUGUGGAGAUGGCUGGAGGAUGGUGGUUUCUGCUGGUGGUGAUCAUUCUGAAGAUCUCCUCUUCUUUCCAAACUUCUGACACAGUGAAUCCAUGCUGCUACUACCCAUGUCAGCACAAAGGUGUGUGCGUGAGGUAUGAACCGUACGAGUAUGAAUGUGACUGCACUCGGACUGGCUAUUAUGGGAGAAACUGCACAAUCCCCGAAUUAUUGACAAGAAUCCGAGAUUUUGUGCGCCCGAGCCCUUCCUUUUACCACUACAUCCUGACCCGCUUUAAAUGGUUUUGGGAUAUAAUAAAUAAUACGUUUAUCCGAGAUACAAUAGUAAAGCUUGUUCUGACAGUGCGAUCCAAUCUGAUACCAAGUCCUCCGACGUAUAAUUCAGCAUAUGGUUACAUCAGCUGGGAAGCCUAUGCCAAUGUCAGCUAUUUCACAAGAGUGCUCCCGCCUGUGCCAGACGAUUGCCCUACACCAAUGGGCACAAAAGGAAAACUCCAACUGCCUAAUGCUACCAUGCUGGUUGAAACUUUUCUAAAAAGGGAGGCCUUCAUCCCCGACCCACAGAACACGAAUUUAAUGUUCGCAUUCUUCGCUCAACAUUUUACUCAUCAGUUUUUCAAGACUUUUGGGAGGAUGGGAAAAGGCUUCACUAAAGGAUUAGGUCAUGGGGUUGACCUGAGCCAUGUAUAUGGAGAUAAAUUGGAGCGCCAACACGCUCUGCGCCUCUUCAAAGACGGAAAAUUGAAGUAUCAGAUAAUAAAUGGAGAUAUGUAUCCACCAACAGUGGUCGAUGCUCCAGUUCACAUGAUUUACCCUGAGAAUGUCCCCAAUGAAAAGAGGCUCGCUAUGGGACAGGAGGUUUUUGGUCUCCUCCCUGGACUGAUGAUGUAUGCGACCAUAUGGCUUCGUGAACACAAUCGGGUGUGUGAGGUCUUAAAAAAGGAGCAUCCUGUUUGGGAUGAUGAACAGUUAUUUCAAACUGCAAGACUUAUCCUCAUAGGAGAGACCAUUAAGAUUGUAAUAGAAGACUACGUUCAGCACCUCAGCGGAUAUUUCUUAAAGUUAAAAUUUGAUCCGGAAUUACUGUUUGGGGUCCAGUUCCAGUAUCGUAACCGCAUUGCUGUGGAGUUUAACCAGCUGUAUCAUUGGCAUCCUCUCAUGCCGGACAACUUCAACAUUUUAGGUCAGGCUUACAACUACAGCAACUUCAUCUACAACACUUCAAUGCUCACAGAUUACGGGGUGGAGGCUCUGGUGGAAUCCUUCACAAAGCAGAUAGCGGGAAAGAUUGGCGGUGGAAAAACCCUGCAUCCACGUCUCUUGCACAUAGCUGUAGGAGUUAUUGAAGAAUCCCGUACACUGAGAUUGCAGCCUUUCAAUGAAUAUCGUAAAAGAUUUGGCUUGAAAGCAUAUAAGUCUUUCCAGGAUUUAACAGGAGAAAUGGAAGUCUCAUCGCAACUUGAAUCCUUGUAUGGUGAUAUAGACGCACUGGAAUUUUACACUGGUAUUCUCUUGGAAAAAACUCAUCCAAAUUCUAUUUUUGGAGAAAGUAUGAUAGAAAUGGGAGCACCAUUUUCACUCAAAGGACUUAUGGGGAAUCCUAUAUGUUCUCCAGAAUACUGGAAACCCAGCACAUUUGGUGGAGAGAAAGGAUUCAAUAUUGUAAAGACUGCUUCAAUUGAGAAACUGGUGUGUCUUAAUGUCAAGAAGUGCCCCCUUGUUGCCUUUCAUGUGCCAAAGGCAGGAGAUGAAAGUUCUAUAUCUUCAGGGGCAAAGACAACUGAUGAGCUUUAGCAAACGUAGUAUUGUAAAAAAAAAAAAAAAAA